CUCUCCCCUCCCCCUUCCUCCGAGUGUUGUGUUGACGCGACGGUGAUUUUAGCGAGCGGACGGUGAUGGGUGAUGGAGUUUUGCUGACUGCUGUCAGCUUGUGUUAGUGGCGAUAUUUUCCUUCUGAACUAAAUCAAAAGAAUGGCUUCGUACAAGCGAUCCUCGUCACCUUUCCUGAAAAUAGCGAAAAAGUUUAACUGUUUCUACAUUAACGGUCUUCCAAAGAGGCACUGCAAGCCCUUUGUUGUCGAAGGCCACCAAGUUGGACUUGUUCGUCCAGACAUUAUGGUUGAAUUAUUGCGUUAUCCAGAGGUCUUCAUUGUAAGGCCAGAUUCUGUUGAAUUAAACCCAGCAUUUCGUGACUUUGAUGAGAGAACUGCUCGUGUUGAGCAAGUUUUGCAGGAAUGCAGGGCUAACAAUACAUUUGUUACCCUGAAAGGUUGGAGAAAUGAGUGCUACAACGUGCAUUCUGUCUUAACUGAUCCACCACUACUCCGCAUGGAUCGGUCAGCGACUUGUCUGUUUGGCAUACGUAACUAUGGAGUUACUAUCAAUGGCUUUGUUCAUGACUCAAACAAAGGGCUGUGUCUUUGGAUGCAGCGCCGGUCCCCUACUAAAGAAACAUGGCCGGGGAAAUGGGACAAUAUGGUCAGUGGUGGUUUAAGUGUUGGAUAUGGAGUUAUUGAAACUGCAAUCAAAGAAGCUCAAGAAGAGGCUGGCAUACCAGAGAACAUGCUCAAGGAUAUCAGACCUUCUGGUGCAGUAUCUUUCUUCUUUGAGAGUGAGCGUGGAUUAUUUCCCAAUACUGAGUAUGUCUUUGACUUAAAACUGCCUUGUGAGUUUACUCCGAAGAAUAAUGAUGGAGAGGUGGAGACUUUUGAUCUCCUAUCAAUUAAUGAACUGAAAGAAUUGAUUGCAUCUCCUGACUUCAAAACAACAAGUUUACCAAUUGUCAUAGACUUCCUUGUCCGUCAUGGAGUGAUCUCCCCCGAGACUGGUGGGUUGGGUAGUCUCAAAGAACCCAACUAUGCUCAGCUGCUUGAGCUUCUACAUGUACCACUCCAAACAAUUUACCAUCGUGCUGCUCCUUCUGAAAAUGGAGACAAAGGUCUUUGACUUGCCAAUGAACGAUCUGCUUGGAUCAGGGCAAUAAAAGGUACUUACACAAUUUUUAAAAAUUUUAUUCAACUCGUGCAUUAGUGCCUUGAAUGGAAAAGAAUGUUUUUGAAGAAGAAAUGAAGAAGUAGUCAUAAUUAGGAAAGUAGUUUAAGGAAACAUUCCUGUGUGUUUGUUUGAAAUUUUAUUGCAUGUUAUGCAAGAUUUCAUGAUUAAUAAUCAUCAUGAAAAUUAACAUACACUUGUCUUAAUUUCACUGCAGUUUCAUUUUAAGACAUUACUUCAAACUCUUCACAGUUUGUUUUGUGUAUGAUUAUUCAUUAAUGGUUAUUCAGUUUUUGCUUCUUUUAAAUACAGUAAUAUAUAUACAUAUAUAUUAUAUAUAACAUUCAUACAGAUACAGUAUAUUAUAAAAAUUGAACGGAAGGGUUCAGCUGCUUCAUUUCACAGAUAUUUUAUUGGUUAGCGAUACUGCAUUAUUGUCAGUGUCACACUUGUGCAGUUGAUACUUGUUAACCUUAAUCAAAAUAAUGUUUCUCAGUCAUCAUUUUAAUCAACUUAAUUGAAGUCAGAAUCACUGUGCUUUGAUUUUGCCUGUUAAUGAACUUCGGUCAGUUCUGAUAAUCAUUUAGUCCUCUCACCUUGCUUUCUUUUUUUUUCUGUCAACAGUAAGACCCAAGGACUCUUGUGAUAAAGCAAUUUUUCUCUGUUGAUUCAUUUCCCAACAAAUUGUAUAUUCUGUGAUGUAAUGGUUUCUCUUAGAGUGGGUACUUGAGGAAGUCUAUGUAUUAUUAUAAUAAACAAAACAUCAAGACAGUGGUAGUUUUUUUCUUUCUCUUUCUGUAAUAACAGAACUUUUUUCUGUAUUUUAUAAGAUAAAUGCUUUCAUGUGUUACAAGCACAUUAUUAAAAUAAUGUGCAGCCCUUCUUAGCAAUGUACUUCACAUUUUUAGGAUAGAAGAUGACACUAGCAUUUAAUGUGAUGCUUGUAGGUAUAUUGUAUUUACCUAAAUUUUAGUGUGUGGGAAUGUGCAAAUAUUAUUUAUUAAGUUAUUUUCAAUUCAUUUCUGUUACUUCUGGAAACUUUUCUCAGAUCAUUCUUCCCCAACACAAACAAACAACAAAGCAUCAUCUCUAGUGAAGGAAAAAAUUCAUAUGUACUGCGUAUUUCUGUUGUCUGUAUACCUUAUGGUGAGUGAACCCUCCAAUCAGGGUUCACUUGAAUCUCUGUUGGCAGUGCAGGUUAUGGAGAGUAGUCUUUAUCAGUAUAAUAUCCUCGCUUGGAGUGGCAGUGUUUUGUUACUCAUACCAAGCUUCAUGUGAUAUGAAGAUUUGAUUGUGCGUGUGCAUGUAUGUGUGUGUGCGCGCGUGUAUGUGUGAGCGUGUAUGUGUGUGUCUCCUAACAGUUGUACAUUCUGUACAGGGAGCAGAGAAAGCCAACUGUAUCAUCAAAUCAGGUGUCAUGAAAUAUACUUGUUUUUACUGUAAUUAAUUACUUAAAUUAAUAAGUGCAUAAACCCUCACUAUAGUUUAUUUAAUCUGCUGUAAGAUUAUGUGAAGUGUUGGCUGUUUUGAAUUUCAUAACUCUACUGAGUACAACUCUGUUAUUGAUCUCACACUUCAUAUCUUCAGUUUUAACUUCUGUGGGUGAAGUCUGCUAUUUGAGCUUAAUGUUGGCUUUCAUCUCAGCUCAUAACAGUUUCUAUCCCAGAGUGAUUGCUUUCUCUGCUUUCUUUAUAUCAUUUACAUCUAUAAUUAAUACUGUCAACAACCUGUUCAAUCUAGUCUAUUUCUUUGGCAAAUCUUCUUACCACCAUUCUCUAUACUAGUCUAGUUUAUUUUCUGGGAUUGCUUUGAAGGUUUUCUAGUUCUAGUCAGGUCAAGACUUUUUUUUCUUUUCCCAUGAACUUUGAUCUACUUCACCUUGUUUUUGUUUAACCAUUAUUUUGUUUAAUCUAAUUUGGUAAAUAAAGGUGGUUGCUUCCGAUUCCA